GAAGUUUUACAUUUGGAUUCUCAUUCUGCGUAUUCUGCGUAUUUAUACCCGAGAUAAUCGCUACCUAGGUUUUACGGAUAACCAAUAUUUAAUUUGUUUAUCGGACAGAAAAUUUUAAAAAUGGAUAAAGUUAAAACAGAUCUAGGACUUUUGGAAGAAGAUGAUGAAUUUGAAGAAUUUCCUGCUGAAGAUUGGACGUCUAAAGAUGAAGAUGGAGAGGACAUAAGUGUUUGGGAAGAUAAUUGGGAUGAUGAUGAUAUUGAAGAUGAUUUUGGUAGACAGUUAAGAUUGCAAUUGGAAAAACAGAAAUACAAAAUGGGAGAGGCCGAAAAACAGCAAUAAAUAUUUAUAAAUUGAUGAAUCUUAUUUUCUAACAUCUACUUGACCUAUCAAAUAUUAAAUUUUUCUUGUAAUGAGUUUGAAUAACUCUCGUUCAAAUUUAUGAUAAAGUUCAGAAUAAUUAUUACCUUAGUUUAUUCAUUUUACUGUAAGACAAUAACCAUCCUGUGUACAUUAAUGAUUAAUUAAAUAAUGAUGUUAUUAUUAAAUUUUUCUACUACAAACAGUAAUCAAAAAUAA